AGUCGAUGCCAUGAUUUUCAGCCAGGCAGGGCCAGGGGCACUGCCAGUGCCACUGACCGAUCCGAGUGAGGCUGAUCUGGGCUGCUACUGCUACCGGUAGCUCCGCCGCCGCCGUAACUUCGGGCGCGGGCCGAGCUCGUGCUAAGACUUGAGUCUUGACACCGGCGCGGCAAAGCUUUUGUCUUUUGACAUUUUUGUAGGCCUUUUACUGAAUUAUGCAUAGAGCCAUAUUUUGACAGGUCCUCAUCUUGACCAAGGCAUACCUUAUAGAUCUGAAGAAGCCACAGGAUCACCCACAAUGCAGCAGUCAUUCCGUCAGCUUGAAGAGAGAAACCUCUCUGUAGAGGUUACCCUUAUGCAGUGGUCCCCCAAGAUGGAUCUCAUUGCCCUAGCCAAUGAAAAUGGAGAGGUUCUAUUACAGAGAUUGACUUGGCAACGUCAAGCUAUUUGGACCUUGACUCCUCCAGGGGAAGAUGAGGGUAAGGAGGUCAGAGCUUUGGCUUGGAGACCAGAUGGCAAGGUAUUAGCUGUGGGCUACCAGUCAGGAAGGCUCCUCCUGUGCAGAGUAGAAAAAGCAGAGGUCAUCCAUACCACCCACGUUGACCAGCCAAUCACAUGCAUGCAGUGGACAGAAGCUCUGGACAAAGAUUUGGAUAGUGAAGCCAAUGGUCAGUCUUCAUCGGUCAAGGCGGAGUUAGGGGUUACCGCUGAUGCAGCCAACGAGAAUCUCUCGGAGAAGUUCCUGCCCAAGCUUCCCUCUCUAUCAAAAAUUUCAUCUAUCAAGAGUUACAUUGAUGACAAUGUAGAAGAUGCAAAGAAGCUCAAGGAACAGAAGAGAUUGAACAUGCUAGCAGUGGGAUGUCAUGGCGGAACCCUGACUCUACUUGCUUUUGGAGUAGCACCAAUCGUCAAUGUAGAUAUGUCACAGUUCAUUCAAACAACCAAGUGUGGAGAUUUCCUUGGUGCUUCACUGUCAUCAGACCUACACACUAUCUCCAUCAUUGUGGAGUAUUCCAAUGAAGAGGACAUCACCGAGAUUUUCCAGUCUCUACUCACACUUGACUGUGUUCUCCUGGCUUCAAGGCAUCAAGAAAUUUCAAGAUAUGCUAAGAAGUUUGGCAAGAUACGGACUCUCAUGGAGUACUUAGAGGCAACUUUGAAGGCAGUGACUGAGGCCAAGGAAGACAUUCUCAUUGAAAUGGAAAAUAAGCUCACCAAAUAUGCACAGCAAAAGCCUACAGAAGAAUCUCUGAGCGAUGAGUUCCUUCAGUUGUUGCUAUGGGGAAAGGCUAGUCCUGAACUACAGCAGUUCCUGGUUCAUGAUCUCACUGAGAAAGGCCUGAAGAAAUUAGACCAGUCUGUAGAGAACUCCUAUGUCAGCAUCCAAAAGCUAGUACUCAAGCACAUACACAGUGUUGGACGAUCUCUAUUGUUCCAGUUGAGUGAAUUGAAGGGUAUGGCUUUGUGGUAUGACAAGUAUGGCAUGUUAGGACUCAGUGCAACAGCUAUCCAAGAUGCCAUCAAUGCAGUGGGCUCUUUCAUGUUGAAAGCUAAUGAACUGCUGCAAGUAAUAGAAAGCAGCCUGAAGAACUUCAAAGCCUUCUUCAGAUGGCUGUAUGUAAUUGUAAUGCAACUCAUGGAAGAACCUAUCCAACAAAGCAUUAGCAAGAUGUAUCAGAGGGACAUCAAUUUUGUUGCAGACUUCCUUGCAGAAAAUUUCACAGAUGAGCCCAGCUUAGACGUGACUAAAUCAGGCUUCACAUUAGAGAGAGUUGGGCAGUACCUGCGGAAAGAAGACCUUCAGUUCCCAGUCACGACAGCUCCGAACUCAUGGCAAGAUUUUGUCGCCUCCACACCCAGCCUACGUGACAGUGAUCUACUUUUUCCAUGGCAACGAGAGAGGUCACUGAGCCAGCUUCAUGAUGUUGUGAAAGAUGCAGUGGAUCAUGCCCUAAGUCGACCUCAGAGUGUUGGAGGUGAAUCUCUUACAUGCAGGGAGUCUUUCACAUUAGACAAGAGAUCAGAAACGGAUGAACCAGAGUACAGGACCCUUUCACAACAAAGCCUCCAAGAUCAGAGUAAGCUUCUGACUGUGUUUAUGACGGAGCCAGCUCCUACUCGGUGCAUCUUCUUAACCAGACAGAACACCAAGCCUGACAGAAGCAGCAGUGAUGUAACAGAGAUUGUUCAGCUGACCUUUGGAACUCUCGGGAGCUUAGACCCUGAUGAAAGCGUAGUCUCACUUGCUGCUGAUAGUCAUAUGGUGCUGGAUGCUGCAUUCUACGGUGAUCACUCCCUCUCGCUCCUUCUACAAGAGGUUAAAGAUGAUGAGAGUAACAAUGGUAAACCUGUCCUAUGUCAGUUGUCAUUGAUGGCACUCCAAGCAGAGGCAGAGUUCAUCCCCAUGUCACAGGUCAAAGGUCAUCUAUCAACAGGACAAACUGGACCUAGUUUUGAUGCAGGACCUCUAGUUACAUCCAGGCGGAUGGACAAUAUGAGAGCUGGCAGGCUAGCAGUCAGUGGGUCAAGAAAGGUUGCUUGUGUGUUGUUCUCAAACCAGAGGAGGGUGCGUCUCUUUGACAUGGAUGCCGAGGAUGAAGGAGAUGAUGAAGAAGAUGAUGACGAGACACAACUAGAGGACACUUCUAUGGUGAUUGUUGAGGACAAUGGAACAGAUAAUUGACUUGAAGAGGAGGGAGAUGAUGAAGACGAUGACGAGACACCACUAGAGGACACUUCUAUGGUGAUUGUAGAGGACAAUGGAACAGAUAAUUGACUUGAAGAGGAGGGAGAUGAUGAAGACGAUGACAAGACACAACAAGAGGACACUUCUAUGGUGAUUGUAGAGGACAAUGGAACAGAUAAUUGACUUGAAGAGGAGGGAGAUGAUGACGAGACACAACUAGAGGACACUUCUAUGGUGAUUGUUGAGGACAAUGGAACAGAUAAUUGACUUGAAGAGGAGGGAGAUGAUGAAGAUGAUGACGAGACACAACUAGAGGACACUUCUAUGGUGAUCGUUGAGGACAAUGGAACAGAUAAUUGACUUGAAGAGGAGGGAGAUGAUGAAGAUGAUGACGAGACACAACUAGAGGACACUUCUAUGGUGAUUGUUGAGGACAAUGGAACAGAUAAUUGACUUGAAGAGGAGGGAGAUGAUGAAGACGAUGAUGACGAGACACAACAAGAGGACACUUCUAUGGUGAUUGUAGAGGACAAUGGAACAGAGGAGGAGGAGGGUGAAAAUAAAGGCAACUGGAGAACAAGGACAUAUCAUGGUAAUAGAGAAGAAUGGAAAAGAUGAUUGAUAUGCUGCUCUUAUAAAAGAUAAUGGUGAAGGAAGGAGGAUGAAGAUGGACCGGUGUGUUGGCUCAGUUGGUAGAGCGUCCGUCUCACAACUGGGAGGUCGGAGGUUCAAAAACCGGCCGCAUCAGACCAAAAGACGUUAAAAGAUGGGAGAUGCUGCUACCCUGUUGGGCGUUCAACAAUUAAAGGGAUAGAGCUUCUUCGAUCUGGCGCUGCACAGCGGCUGCCAGGCCCACAACCAACUGGGCAAAGCAAAUUUUCUGAGUACUUCAUUUCAUGUCUAUUUCGAACAAUAAAAUAUGGACUUUCAUUUUCAUGGACAUGAUGACGAAGAAACACAGAUUGAGCAUAUCGAGAGGGUAGUGAUAGAGUAGAAUGAAACAGAUCAUUGACAUAACCUCUCAAAAGAGUGAUGAGGAGGAUGUUGACAAUUGUCCAGAUUAAAGAUUUGUCAUCGGUCGUGGACUUGUCACAUGUCAGACUCUCAGAAGCUAUUCAAUAACUGUCAUUGUCAGAUUUAAUAGCCAUGAUGAAAUAUCUGGAGCGAACAAUGAUUGACAAGACAAUAGAACUUCACUAUGGUCAUAAGAACCCCCCCCCCCAUCCUCACCCCCAUUAUUGAAGUUGUAAUUCAUCAGAAUAAUUAAAAGUGCUCAAUUUUCUUGAAGCAUCAAUCUAGUUCUUGACUUCAAAGGUCACAUACUCUCAUUCAGAAGAACUCAGUGGAUGUGAAUAGGUUUCAGUUUACUUCCCUAUGAUUUGGAAUUGAAAAUUAAUCAUUUCUAUGGCUUUUUUAAUUUAGAAAGGUCAGUUAUACUGUGAUUUCAUAAGGAGAGAGGUUAAUAUGCAGUAAAAAUUAAACGAAAAGUAUGUUGAUGUGAA